GGUCUAUGUUUGCUAGGCGAUAUUGGUAAAACAUCUAUAGAUAGGUAUGCUCAUCAUUUAAAAAUCAAUAAAUACAGUUGUCAGGAUUUACCUACGAGUUCGUAACAACGUCUUUAUUGCAAUUACGGUCACGCCUUAUCUUUGGAACAAGUAUUGAAGAUUAUUUAAGAAUGGAUUUACCAUUUCCAGUCUUAAGGCCUCAUUUCACAUUUCCGGAAUGGUUUAACGCGGAUAAUCCUUGUGAUGAAGACGCAGAAUUAACAAAGCUGGAACAAGCACAUCAGCGCUCGUUGACCUCAUACACGAAACGUUGUGUAAAACAUGCUCCGGUGCAGAAGCCCGAAUCCGAACCAGUAGAGGAAGUAGAGACAGAGUAUGAAGGUGGCAAUGAAGACGCCGAAGAGUCUGAAGACUCACAUGACGUUGACGAAGAUGAACAAAUAACUACAGCCGAUUCACCCGACUUUACUAUAGCGGAUCAAGAACAAAUCAUUCAUGACGAUGACUUCAUACCAGAUGUUGAAGUGAUCGAAGGAAAUCUUUGGCCAUAUAACAUUCCUGAUCAGUAAAAAUUUAAAAAUCGAUAUUUACCGAUCCGUCUUCUUAUCAAAACCGUUAAUUUAGCUAAUGUUAAUAUUAUUAUAUAUGUUAUUAUUCCUGUUAAUGAAUUUGUUACUAGCUGUGAUUAUUUGGAUAGAUAGUUCUCUACUCUUGCCUAAGGAUUUAUAAAUUAUCCUACGAAUUAUUUUACUAAACUAGUCUACUAUUUGUCAAGGUUUCGCUUUGUAGGCUGACUCCUUAAAAAUUCUCUACUUAUAUAAAUAUGUAUUAAGCGUGUUGAUCAAUUUAAACAGUAGGUACUCAAGGAAUCUAGUAAAUUGCUUUGUUUGGAUAUUUUUUUCCAUUUAUAGAGUAGUUAUUGUACUGUAUAAGUUAAAUAUGUUAUUGUAAUUUGUUGUAAUUGUAUCUUAUCCAUAUGUAAUAAAUCUUUCUGCACUUG